CACUUGGUAACUCUAACCACUCAAAUGAACGCUAUUAUGCUCUUGCUAUGCUGCAAAAUGCUUGUGAAACACGACUGCCCCUUGCAUCCAAUGAAAGGGAACUGAAUUGUAACCGGUUCAUGGCUGGAAUGCUGACACGUCCAGUAUGGCGAUUCAAUUCCCUUAUAAUCCCCAGUUGGACGCCUCGGUGCUUCAAAGGCAUCUGAGUGUUUCUCGAUAACUCAUUCUUGCUCAUCAUGGCGCUGCUGAAUCGCACCUUUGCUGCCCUAGUGGCAGCCUGUACAUUACUGUCCGGCAGUUUUGCCCAGGAUCCUCUGCCAACAACUUAUAAGGAACCGAAAACCGGAAUCAGUUUCGAUACAUGGAACGUGCCGGGCAGGUCUGGGACCGCCGGGCUGACCUUUGGCAUGGCUCUCCCAAGUACGGCGCUGGAGGAUGAUGCCACAGAGUUUAUUGGAUAUCUCCAUUGUGCUGCAAAAAAUGCCACGACAGCCCGCGGCUGGUGCGGCAUCUCGUUGGGCGGUUCUAUGGUGGAUAGUCCUUUACUUAUUGCAUACCCGGAUCGCGGCCACGUUAAAACCUCCCUACGCUUUACCUCUGGAUAUAAAAUGCCUGGAGUCUACACCGGCAACGCCACAGUCACACAGAUCUCGUCUGCUGUCAAUGCAACGGGUUUCUCAUUGACCUUCCACUGCCAGGACUGUCUGCACUGGUCACAGAACGGCACGACGGGGAGCGCGUCUACAAGUGGUAGUAUGUUGGAUUUCGGUUAUGCGCAGUCUAUCAAACCGCCGGUCAACCCGUCUUGCCCGGAUGGAAUAAGGCUGGCGCGGCACGACUCGCAGGGUACCUGGACCGCGUUGCUGGAAAAUGCCGCAAGCGAGUCCUACGAUAAAUGGCGCGCUCUGGCUAACCAUACUGUUCCUAGCAACUGCACCAGCGCAAGGGGCCGCAACUCCAGUGUCACGUCUCCCAGUCGGCUAUUCGGCAGUCGACUAUUCGGGUAGGUUCUGUCACAAGAGAAUUUUGGAGCACAGAUGGCAUAUGUAUCUUUAUCUUUGCUCAUGUAAUCCAAGUACUUGCGAUUUCGCCUCCUCUAGUCACGAAAGUCUUGGCUUAUAGUUGUGGUAUAGCUAAAAGGUAUCAUAGUAUCCAAUCCGGGCUACACAAGUUAUGCUUUUAUGAAUCAAAUAAAUUGCUAGAAUGUACGCGUCUAUGAACAGUGGCCCAAUAGCUAUAUUCACCCGACUUGUGACGAACAAACUCAGUAGUUGGCGUUGAAAAAGUAAACACCG